AUGAGUUGGCCUGGUCUGGUUCCUGAGAUCUCCUGGUUGAACUUGAUCCAGGGAUUGUCGGACCUUGGAACUGGGUCUGACAUCAACUUACCAACCUCCAGUGUCACUGACCUUCAAGAGAAGCUGAUCUUGGAUAUCUACAUCUAUCCCAUUGAACUCCACUGCGCGGACCGCUCCCGCUCUCGCACACGCCGGAUUCUCGCUUGGUUGAUUUCUAACCCAGGAACCGACAACUACAAAUUCAAUGGCAUACGCACUCACCAUAGCUGGACCUCCCUACCAAUCUGCCAUCCACCUGCUGUGUUCCAGGCCAGACCUCCACGCCAAACUCCAGCUGAUAUCUCACCUCGAUGUCAGCUCUGCCAUGUCAUACCAGUCAGCUCAACGAUGAUACAGCUGGUAUCGACACUCUUAUCAUGCAGUAUGCUGACCGUCCAUGCGCCCGGGAAACGGUUGAGAGUUUAUUCACGAGAUGGCGGUGAUGAUGGCGGUGGUGGUGCAGGGCGUUCCUCAAGUCUGAAUAUGUAG